AUGGGAUCUAACACCGCCAAACGUCUCAACGUAAAAGAGUUUGGGUUGACGGAAGUUUACCGCUGUGCCGAACCGCUGGUACCACAGGUCGACAUAGUAUUUGUCCACGGCCUUAACGGUACUUCCUACAACACAUGGGUAACCAAGAAGCCCGAAGUUUUCUGGCCUGGCGACCUUCUUCCUCAUACCUUGAAAGGUCAAAAUGUACGGAUUUUGACUUACGGUUACGAUGCGAAUGUCACUUCUUUCGCAAGGGGCACGUCGAAGGAAAGACUACACAACCAUGCCGAGCAUCUGGCGGGUCAGCUCAUUGCAAAUAGAAAUCUGCAAGAUGCGGUCGAGCGGCCAAUUAUCUUCGUAUGCCACUCUCUCGGUGGUAUCGUAGUAAAGAAGACUCUUCUAUACUGUGAACAUCUCAGACACCCGAGAACCCAACACAUUCGAUCAACAUACGUCUCUACCUAUGCCAUACUGUUCAUGGGAACCCCCCACAACGGGUCUGAUCUAGCGAACCUAGGAACCGCGAUACAGACCAUAUUCAGCCUCGUGCCAAGAAAACUUUUCGAUACGACGCCGGCUCUGCUGAAGACCCUGAGGCCUGACAAUGAGAUUUUGCAAAACGUUAACCGCCAGUUCGCGGAGAUAAUGGGGAGGUACCGCAUAUAUUUUUUUCAUGAGUCGAAACCAAUGGACUUGAAAGGCACUCGAAAGUUCAUUGUGGAGGAGUCCUCUGCUGCGCCAGUAAUCGAGGGGGUGGAGCGCAUGGGAAUCGAGGCAGAUCACAGUUCCAUGUGUCGGUUCGAAAGCGAAAAGUCUCCAGGCUAUGAAGCUGUGGCAGAAGCUAUCCUUCGCUAUACAAGAGAGGCACCAGGUGAAAUCGCCAAUAGAUGGGCACAAGAACACCGAGCUCGGAGAAAUAAUAUGAGGGAGGAAGCUGAACGUCUUCGACAGAAUUCAGAGUUGAUACCCAUCACAAGAUCGCAAUUGAUGUCUAGCGCCGAACUGCCCCCACCACAGGAGACUGGGGAACCUCUCCUUGUUGCCCCCCCAGGCUUUCACCCAAACUCAGUAUUCGUUGGCAUGGAAAAGGAGCUCGAAGAACUCCACAAUCGACUCUUCAGGAUGAAAAAGAGAGCGGAAGAUGUCGUUUCCGUCCUUAUAUAUGGUGGGUCGGGAUCAGGAAAGACACACCUUGCCCGCCAGUACGUUUUCAAACAGCGCACUACGUACACCGGUGGCAUCUUUUGGAUUGAUGCAAGAUCCCGGGAAUCAUGCUGCCAAUGUUUUUGGGACAUUGCCGAGAGGGUAUCCUCAACACUGCAGAACGAGACCCCGGACCCUGACUGGCGCGACAGGGACAAGUAUAUUAGCAAAGUAUUGAAGUGGUUCAGCUCGAAUCAAAAUUGGCUUGUGGUCUUCGAUGGCGUAUCUUGUGAUGACGAUGACGAAAUCAACGGGUUCAAGACCUUCAUUCCAUAUAAUACAAAUUCGAGUAUCAUAUAUACUUCUGUCGAUCGCACACUCAGGAAAAAGAGAAGAUUGUUCGAGCCUUUUGGUCUGAAAGUUAGACCCCUGUCUGUUGAAGAUGCCAGGAAACUCCUUUUCAAGGACCUCAACAUCAAACAGCCGACUGCAGAACAGGUGCGGAAAGCAACAGAAUUGGUGGAACAUUUUGAGUGCUUACCACUAGCCAUCCAUGCUAUGGGACAUCGCCUCAGCGCAACUGGGAAAGCAAUCGAAAAGUUCCGUAUCAAACCUCAAACCACAGACAAACGACUCGCGGAACCAUACCGUGGAAUAAUGGCCGACCUACAAAACAACCAACACAUGGAGGCAGUCAAUUUGAUUACGGUUCUCUCCUUUUUCGGACACGACGUUCCUGUUGGCAUGAUCCAUUUGGGCCGGAAAGCUCUCUUCGAAUGCGGUGUCGAAAUUCGCGCCCCCGAGGAGGAUGGAAGUUCUGGAAGACACAUAGAUAACACCUUCGCCAUACUAAUUCGAUAUGGUUUGCUCGAGCGAGCGCUCGACCCUUAUUUAUUGAAUGAACAGAGUCCCAUUAUUCGACGGAGCACGGAAUUGUCUGAUAGCCAACCUACUUCAGAACUAGACAGUUCCCAAACGAGUGGUAGCCAAAACACAUCAUCAAUCAGGGGAAAUAGUUCCAUCGACGUUGUCAAAAUACACACCGUGGUACAGACAUUUUUCCGUGAUGAACUCUCGCGACUCGGAGUUGGGGCGUUCGCUUGGUGGCUUAUUGUAUCGACAAGGCUUUUCUUGACGUCGUAUGCCAAUGCCACUGCCAGAAUAAGAACUCAGCAGGCUCCUGGCCUCGUUAAGGACUUCGGGCAAUAUGAAACGCAUGCGAGCGUUCUUCUAGGCUUCUACAAACAACUUCGACCCCAUAAGGGUAACCCAGACCUACCCCCCGAUUUGGUCCCAUUAAACCACGCACUUUCUCAAGUGAAAAAUGGUAUCUCGGAAGAAAUUAAACACCGGUCGCCAGUUGCGUCGCAGCAAUUAAUUAAACAGCAGAAAUCUAUUUUCGACCGAACUAGUAGCACAUCCUCCAUGCCAGAUACGCCAACCAGUGGAUCUUCCCGGUUUACCUGGGAAAUGGAUGUGGACCAUGAAAAGACCCAUUCGCCAAUUGAAUAUAUCUCUUCUCGUCAAUCAACACAACAUUUUCCAUCUACUAUUUCGCAGAAUUUACCACUACCUGUUGUGGAGGAUCAGGGAUAUGAGUCCGAUUUAGAGGGUAGCCGGACUGCUCCUGCCAUGUCGCCAGUUCCAUCCCAGACCACUGAGGUACCAACAUCUCCCACUGUUGGACAACAAGAGGAAGGUGAUUGGAAAGUCGUUGCGAAGCCAACGAAGCCGAAAAGCCAGAGCUUCUUGGGGUCAGUGAAGUAUCGUUUAGGAAUCAGGAGAAUGCGUGGCCAAAGAAAUUUGGGAAGUUACAGACCCGUUCACCCCGUUGUGUCCGUUUCUGGAGUCCAUGGCCAGGGGUCAUCGAGUCGACUGAAAAUCAACAAUAGAAAGCAGGAACCUCCGGCUAGAUCGCACGCUGAAGCAUCUCUUGUUGCCAUGCAUCAGGCGAGUGCCGCGAGUGCCACAUCUCGUGGUGAGGGAAAGUGCACCGUCCCAUCAUGGCUGGUCUCCCAGGUCAUCAUCCGACCAAUUGACCAACUCAUACCACAGCCGCGAUACUCAGGCGUCGUUGUCCCACCCCCAGCCACUCAAGGUCUUGGAGUUGCAUCAUAUCCGAAUGCUGGGCCUAAUGGCAAUUCUAUGGGGCAAUCAAUUCCAACUGGCUAUUCAUCUCAGCCCAUGUCUCGAAAUGGGUCUGCUCAAUCGAGCCAGUCCCUUCAUACCGAGCCAACAAGAAUACCCCCUAAAUUUUCACCUGGCCUGGGGAAAAGGCGUUCUUCUCCCCUUGUUAACUCUGCUCAGCCUGACGUUUCCAGACUUGAUACCCGUUCUCCCCAAAUGAUAUACGGGCGCGGCGGUGGAACUGCCAUCGUGUCUAGUCCAAGCAGCCCGAAUUCAUUCGAGGCUACUGUAAUGUCCCGUGCAUCUUCAGGCCCAGGUAUGAUGGUAGACUCUGGAGAUGGUGUGACUCGAAGCUUUGUAGAAUUCAGCCGUCGCCCUUCAACGCAGCAUAUCAGGUUCGGGGAACAUGAACCCAUAAACAUUGCGGAUGCACGGAUGCGAUCAGGGGUGUAUGAAAACCCGACCUAUGCAGGCCAAGGCGUCGGUACAGCUUUGAAACGUUCAACCAGUCCUCCCUACCCUGACCAGAAUCUGAUGCCUAGUGCAAGUGACGAUAGCAAAUUGCAAUCUUUGAUCGGCGGCCCACUAGAAAACAUUGGUAAUUUCCCGGUUCGUCGUCGAUUUAGAAGCGGGAGUUCACCUGCUCGACCAGAUAUUGAUGGCUACCUCCACCGUCAAUGA